UGUUAUAACUAUUUUCCUUUUCUACUAGCUGAGUUCCCUGAUAUGGAUUCUACUUCUACUCCCAGAAACGAAGAAGCUCCAGUGAGGGAGGGAAACGAAGACGUGGCUAAGUUCAAAGAAUCAAUGGAAAUCAUUGCUAUAUUCUUGAACCAUCAGCUUUCUCUGAUUUCCUUCUUCAAAGGUGGUAAAGCAGGUCAAGAUUACUUUUCAUCCCACCCCAAUGUUGUGAGGGUUAUGGUUUUGUUGAUUCAGCUCUUGUUCUUGGUGGGACUUAUGGGAACAAUGUUUCCCGACCGCGUCCCGGGGAAGAUCUUAGGGUGGAUCAUACUGGUUCUUGGAGGAGUGUCCUCUGUUUUGGUUCUUACUAUGAUAUAG